AUGGAGAGAGUCCAUGAACAAGAGGAUGGAGGUGGUGGUGAUGAUGACGAGGGAUUUUCGGAGCGAUUUUCAUCUAUCAUGUUGGAGAUAUACCAAGUCGAGCUCUUAUGUAAGGGCAAUUUUAAGCAACACCUAACACCAAUUAAUGUGGCUUUGAAUGAGAAAGUAAAAAAAUCAAAUAAGCAUGUUGUAUCGAAUAAGAAGGAGAGAGUCCAUGAACUAGAGAUGAAGGUGGUGGUGAUGAUGAUGAGGGAUUUUCGAGCCAUUUUCAUCUAUCAUAUUGGAGGUAUACCAAGUCGACCUCCUAAG